AUGAGUGAAGAGCAAAGACUACCAGAAUCCUUAAACGACUCGCAGAAGGCGAGACCAAAUGCCAAACAUGUCUCCAGAGCUUGUCUAGAGUGUCGUCAUAGGCACUUACGCUGUGAUGGACAAUACCCAAAAUGUGGAAGAUGUACUCAACAUGAUAAAGAAUGCUCAUAUGUUAAAAGUAAUAGAGGAGGAUCAAGAAAGAAGGGUGUUAAAAAGGCUAAACCGUCAAAAACUGAUAUAACAGAUGUUGAUAUUGAAGUCCCAAUACUGCCAUGUAUACCAAACAAUGGUGGACCUGUUGAUCACAAUGAAGCAAACUGUCCAAAUGGUCAUGAUAAAGAAUCUUGCUCAUUUUUGAGAGAUGGCUCUCAGCUCAAUCUACCUUGCACUAAAAAGCAAAAAGCCAAUACGAUUCAAGAACGUGGCGAGCAAAAUGUUAACAUGGAACCAUUUCACAAACAACCUUCAGCUGCUGGUAGAAAGUUUUUAGAUCAAGUUUUUGAUAAUUCAUCAAUAAUCAACAAUUACUAUACAAGAUUCCACGUUGCACACCCAUUAUUACCAUCUAUCGAUGAAAUUGACAACUUUUUACUAUUAUCAGAUGAGCCUAGAGAACUAUUAGCAGUUAUGAAGCUAAUUGGUGAUGGUUACACAAGUUCUAAAUACUCCAAAAAUAUAAACCAAGUUUUUGAUAUUGUCAUUGAAAUUAAUGGAUUGAUUGAAAAAAAACCGAGGGAUUUGAUCACUUUACAAACAUUGAUACUACUGUCGCUUGUUUGUCAUAUAUCUGCUCUCCAUGAUCUAAGCACAUCAAUAAGGAAAAAAUGUAUGGAGUUGGCUAUCCAUUUGGAUAUAAAUAAUUUGGAUAUUGAAAGAUUUAAAGGUGAUAUAGACAUUAAUGGUAACUCAUUAAAUAAGAAAGGAGCUUCUUCAUCAGCUGUGAAUGGAUUAACACCAACAGGGUCAGUGGAUGAGCUUAAUGUUAACUUUUAUAACACAAAAAGGGUAAGGAACUUAGAAGAAGAAACACUCAAAGAUUGUGCAAGAAGAUGCUUUUGGGAACUUUUCUUUUUGGAUAUCAUUAUUGGUUGUUCAGAUGGUAAAACAGUCUCCUCAUUAACAUCUUUGGAAUGCUUUGUAAACUUUCCUAACAAACCAGAUAGAUUUGAAUUUGAUUAUGAAACAAGAGCACACACUUCAAAGCUUGUUGAUGAUUCUGUUCGGUUAAAUAACAUCAUUUUUUCAAAUGUUUCCAUUGGUCAUCAAUAUACUAAAUUGAGUGCAUCUUUAUCCAAUUGGGAACUAAAAUUUUCAAACCCAGAUUUUUACAAAUUACCUUAUUUGGUUGACGGGAUGGGUCGUAUAAAUAAUGGUGUGCAUCAAGGUAUUUUGAUGUUAAAUUAUGCGAAAAUUUUCACUCAUCGUCCGUUAUCAUUUUUGUGGAGACCUGAUAUACCCAAGAAUUUAAAAUGCGUCGAAUUCUUGAAUGAUCAAUUGAACAAAACAGAUGAUAACUGUCAAGAUCUACCAUCAGAUAAAGAUUUAAUAAAGUCCAGAAAGAUUAUUGAAACCAGAAAGACCAUUGAUGCUGCAAACUCUAUAUCAAAGACAUUGAUUGAUACAAAUCCUCUAGAUAUUUUGAAAAGAACUCCAUUAAGUGCAUGUUCUUUGGCUUUUGCUGGUUUAGUUCAUUUAUCGUCAUACCUUUGGUAUUCACAGGUGAUUCAAAGUAAAGAUCCAAAUUUAGGAUCUUUUAACUCGAAUGAAUUGAAUAUUUAUGAAGAGUAUUUGAAAUUGGAAUUAUCUGGUAUCUAUCAAAUUUCAUCACAUUGGUAUUUAAGUUCAAAGAUUGCAAACUAUUUAUUGGAAAGUAUAACCAAAUUAUUGCCUGAUUUAGCUGAUAAACUACAUUCUCAUUUCCAUAAUGAUGCUAAUUAUGCAAAUGUUAGAGCUCAAAAAGAGGAUGAGAAUGAAUUUGAUGCGUCAAGAAGCAUAAAUUCAACAAAUAUUGAUAAUUUGUCAAUUUCAAAUAACAGCGAAUCCACACCAGUCAAUCAUGUCUCAACACCACUUAAUGGUUCAUCAACACCUGGCACGGAUUUCAAUAGAGGCUUCCCAAAUGAUCCAACCUAUUCAUCAUUAAAUCUGAAUACUGUUCAGCAGUCAGAUUUACCUUGGCCAAAUUCCGAAGAGCCAAUGUCUCCACAAUCUGAUACUGGUUGUAAUUGGAUUGAUAAAAAUCAAUUGGACUUUGAAUUUAAUGAUUAUAAUUUCGCUGAAUUUGAUUUGAAUACGAUCAAUGCUAUUGAUGAUAUGAUCAAAAAUGCAACUACAAAUUGA